AUGACACUGUUGUGGUUAGGCUCUGUUCCCAGCAAUUUUGGUGAUGUGUCUGUUGGCACUAUUAAGGCAGAUGAGUGGCCCUCACUGAUUAUGGUUUAUCUUUCCCCAGUGUUGAUCAAUCUUUGGGGUACCAGUAAUGACUGUUCCAAUGAUGGUGCAGACCUUAAGGCCAUUCUUGAUCACACAAUGGAUCUUGUUUCUGCCAUCAAUCUUGCCUGCACUCAGAUCAUGAGUACUUUGCAAGCUUCUGCAUACCAUGCCAAUAUUUCCAGCUAUGUUGGAAAGCCAAAGGCACUCUAUCCUACAUUUGAUGCACAACCUAAUCACCAUACAUUGUUUCACAUAUAUGAUUACCUCCUACUCUUUGGAUCCAUGCAAUUGUGGUGCUGA